UACAAAGAACAUACAGUAAUUAACACACUGCAAUACACUUAAAUGUGUGUUCCCAGAACUUCAGAAAAGAGCUGCUAUGACAUUCAAAGUGAAAUCUCCACUGAAGCAAUAUUGUAGUCUUGAUACCCCCAGAACUUUAUUCCCAAUUAAAGAGGUCCAUCAUUAACUGCAAUAAGCAGUAAACACUCCUGAUGAAGAGGAAAAUCAGCAGAUGAUUGUUACUUAGUUUUGUUUUACACACACAUAUCAAUGUGAUUGCCACUGUGACUUCAACCUCUUCCAUCAUCAUAUGUGAUCAUCCAUGCACCAUUUUGCAAAAUGAGGUGUUUCUCUCCUACAACAACAGCAUUUUUUUUUUCUUUGGCAGUCACCCAAAGCGUAUCUCCCCAAAAACCUACCAGGGCUCUGAUUUGGUUGUCUUUUACCCAUUACCACCUCUCACUCCCCAGCAUAUCAGCCUUGGUGAGCUGACCUGAAUUCCUUGAGCUCAGAAAGCCAAGCACUGCCAGCCCCCAGCCAACACCAGACCCGCUGUGCAGAACCAACAACGGCUUACAGGUGGGUGUGAGAUGUCUCCAGACGGAGAAUCCACACCCUACCUGGGCAUCUCUUCCAGUGCCUGCACCCUCAAAAGAAAGUUCUUCCAGAUGUUGAGGUGAAGCUUCUUGUGUUCUAGUUUAUGGCCACUGUUCCUCGUCCUGUCACUGGGCACCACUGAAAAGAGUGUGGCACCUGCCUCCUGACCCCCACAUUUAUUAAUGCAUAUAAAUACGAGAUAUUUAUAUGCAUUAAUGAAAUCCCCUAAGGAGAGGCCCCGUUCCCUCAAUCUCUCCUCAUAACAGAGCUGCUCCAACCCCUGCUUAUCCCCUGGAUGUGCUGUCCGGACACCCAACUCUCCUCUCCCUGCUGCUGCCCCGACAGACGAGCCGCGAGGUGCCUGGGGCCGCACGGGGAGCACCCCCUGCGCAGGGCAUCCCUGCUCUUCACCCACCGCAGGCUCCUCUGCACCCGCCUCACCCCCUCCGGGGCCAGGCGGGCACCUCCCGAGCUGCCUGGAGCCGGGCACCGGCAGUGGGGCACUCCCGGCCCCUCAGGAGAGACCGCGGCUCCCCCCGCCGCCAUCCCCGCGCGGCGGGGUCGGCGCGGGCUGAUGACGCCAUCUUGGGCAGGCCCAACAUGGCCGCGGUUCGGGCGGUCCCGGGCCGGCGUUGUGGUGCUUGUAGGCGCUGGCGGGGCCCGGCGGGAUCCACGGGGUGUUCGCCUCUCGCACGGGGGUGCUGCGGACGCUGAGGGCUUCUCCAGCCUGCCCGCCCCGGGACGUCUCCUCUCCCGGCUUUACCCACCUCCGCCGGGCCAUUACCCAGCGCGCUGCCGCCCGCGGGGCCCCAGAGCAGCGGUGCUUGCCUGGCAUGUGCCCGCUGUGAGGGAGCCGCCGGUGCCACAGCGCCCUGCGGCACCUCAGCAGUGGGCAGAAGGGCCAGACGCGGCCGAGGAGCUGCGCUGGGCCCUGGCGCGUGUUGGGCGUGUGUCACACAGCUCCAGUUCCUUAGCAGCCAGCAGAGGAGCCGGCCGUGCAGGAGGGGUACUGUCCCUGAGGCUUGCUGAUGGGGGAACAGCACUGAGCAUCCUGCGGGGGAGAAAUCAAAGACCGUUCCAUAUGCCAGCACGGCCUGCCCUCGGCCCAGCCUCAUCCUGGCUGGCUGCAGACAGGUCGGGAUAGCACCUGGAACAGCCCUUGCCAUGGCAGGGGCAGGAUCCUGGCAGAACAACUGCUCUGCUAUUGCCUCUAUUCCCACCAUUCCCAUGCUUUUCAAAGGCAGACCCUCAGUGAAGAUGUCUUGUUUGAUUUUUUUUUUUUUUCCUCCCCUCUGGGAAAAACUCAAGUUUAUCCAUGGAUUUUGAUUGCUACAUAAAUCUGAUACGAAUCAGAAGUGACUAUAUGGAGACAAUCUCUGCCUUUCACACACCUGCCCAUGGCUUUUGCAACAUUAUGGUAGUAAAUCCUUUAUGAUAAUAAAUCUUUUACCACUGCCACAUUUAUAUCCUAAGAUGAUCUAGAAGUCUGGGGCUUGAUAGAAAACAUUCUUGACAUAGUGAGACAUUUGCAGGAGCUUGUCCUUGCAGACUCUGUUGUUCUGAAACUUGCACUUUCCUCCUCAGAACUGUCCACAGAAGUGCUCUGCAUUGUAUUUGCAUCUACACACCUCUGAGGAGCUAGGCAAAACCCAUUCUGUCAGCCAGGCAGGUUGGACAGACUUGUUUCUUCCUGCUGGAUUUUACAACUGCAAACAAGUCUUCAAAACAAAACAAAACAAAAAACUCACCAGCAACACCAGCAGCCUUAUUCUGAACAUGUGGGAUGCUUCCCUGGAUGCCUGUUCAUUUCCUGGAGUGAAACUCAGACACACCAGUUCACUGCUGCCCCUAAGUGUGUGAAAACUUUUUUUUCCUUCUCCCUCCUUUUCUUUUCCCUCCUUCCUUGUGUUGAUUUGUGGGACCAGAAUGACUUUGAUUUCAGCAAGUUUGCUGUUUAUUCACGUCACAAGUUUGACAGCUUUACACCAAAUCAGAUUGCUGGGUUUCAGGAGAGCUCUGAGGCGUCACUGGGAGCUCCUUUAGAUUAAACUCGCCUCCCCGGUCUCCCCCCUCUCCCCCUCCUUCAGAGCCAUUUAAACCUCUCUGGGGCUUUAACAGAAACGUGCUCCCAAGACCUGCAUUUCAUUCUGCCACUAAUAUGAGCGCCGGCCGGCCGUGCCCGGAGCCGGACUUCGCCGGGGGCUCGGGCUGCGCCUGCCCCUGGUCCGCCCCCGCCGGGGUUUCCAAGGAGACCUGGGCCGCCGUCUGCGCCGCGGAGCCGCCGCACAGCCAGGGCCGGCGGGAGGCUCGGCCGCCGGGCCAGUUCUGCAGCCCGCAGCUCGGUGCCCAGGACGCGGCGUGGCAGGGAGACCAACUGUCCUCCCAGCUCUACAGAAACAAGCAGCUUCAAGAUACUUUGCUUCAGAAGGAAGAGGAACUCGCUAGGUUACAUGAAGAAAAUAAUAACCUCCGACAAUACCUGAAUUCUGCCCUGAUUAAGUGUUUAGAAGAAAAAGCCAAGAAACUACUGUCUGGCCAUGGGCAAAAAAACUGUGCUAUCCUCAAAAGUACCAAGAGGAGAUUAAAAGAGGACCACUGCUUUGUUCCUCAAGAAACUCCUCAUGCUUCCAAAGCUAGAAGGAACCUCUUCAAUGAAUUCACUGCCUGUGAAGAGCAAGCCAGCCCUGCUGUGGACAGCUGGGUCUUGCAGACCUUAGGAUUAAAAGAUGUGAACACCAUUGAUGAAGCUUCAGCUAACUACAGUGCCCUGUCCCCAGACCUUGGAGAAGACACGUACUGCCUGAGCCCUGGGGGAGCAGUAGACUAUGAGCAGAGGGAAGGAGCAGCAGCAGUGUUUAGCUGCAGCCAUGUUCCUCCAGGCAGCAGCAGCAGCACCACUUAUCCAUGCAGCGAGGAGUCUCCCUUCCUUCCCCAGUUUUCUUCAGCACCGUGCAUCUCCUCACCAGUGCCAAGUGUUUCCUCCCUCCCAGCCUAUGGGUUGCCUUAUUUGACUGGUGGUUUGUCACCCAACAAAACAGAAGUGGCCUUCACAACGUCCCUGAGUCCCCACCGCAAUGUGAGAACGCACAGCUUCCACCAAGGACAGGCCUUUGUGCGCAGGGAUGACGAUGGGGGGUGGAGAUUCACCUGGGUGCCCAAGCAGGCUGAAUGAUGCACCUGAUCAAGGGUCAGCCAUAGAGGAUGUAGGAGUCACACUUCAUCUUCUGCAUCAGACAGGUUCAGGCAGAAAAAAGGACCCCUUUUGGGCUUCUUUAAAUUCUACUCUGUCACUAACCCACUCAUUCCCUCACAGAUUUUCACAGAUGUGACUCCGGAUUGCUCUUGGACAAUUUUCUGCCCCAGAUGUUCAAACUGGAUUCCUUUCUCUUGUGCCUGUGUUGAGAUACCUGCUUUUACUUGUUUCCUGGGGUUUUGUCAUCAGCUCUUCCUUGUUACUGGUAGUUUCCAGGCUGGAGGGCUUUCACCUUUAAUGAUCGCUUUCACAUGCACCAAACUGAAAAGCACUUUGGGAAUACACCUCUCUGGCUUUGGAAAUAGCACCUGUCUCACAGAUAUCCACAGAUAACAAAGGAGGCAUAUGUUGGAGACUGAGGAUCAGCAGUUUCUCAGUGAUUUAUGUCUCUCUUGACUACAUAGAUAGCCUUGGAUUUAACGAGCAUCCAUGGUUGCCUUAGGUGCUGCACAAAACUGACCUACUGCCGUUCCAUGGUGCUGUCACAUUCUUUGGUGAUGCCUCAAAAUAAAAACAGAAUUUACUUCUAA